AUGAACUUCUUCAACCGCACCAAGACACGCUCCCCAGUCGAGAGUGUCCGCCUGCUGCGCGACUACAUGUCGCGACUGGACGGACCCGGCUCGUCAGAGGCCAAGAAGAAAGUCACAGAAGAGUGCUCCCGCUUGAUAUUCGCCAUCAAGGCGAGCCUGUGCGGCGAGGGUGAUGCGGACAGCACACCCGAAAUGGUGACGGCGGUGGCCAACGAGGUGUACAACACCGACCUGCUCGCACACCUAGUCUCGCACAUGCCCAAGCUCGAGUUUGAGGCCCGAAAGGACGUGGGACACAUCUUCAACACCCUCCUGAGGCGUACCAUCGGCACCCGUCUCCCCACCGUCGAGCUCAUGGUCAACAAGCCCGAAAUCAUCUUCACCACACUGAAAGGGUAUGCCGACCCAGAGGUGGCCCUCAACACGGGUAUGAUUCUCAAGGAGAUGCUGCGAUACGAGCCUCUGGCAAAGAUCUUGCUGUACUCGGACCAGUUCUACACGUUCCCCACAUACAUCGAGGACGCAACGUUUGGCAUCUCGUGUGAUGCGUUUGCCAACAUGAAGGAGACGCUCACAAAGCACAAGCCCAUGGUGGCUCAGUACCUGGACCAGAACUAUGACCGGUUCUUUGCCAUGUACAACACCCUGAUCAUGUCCAACAACUAUGUGACCAAGAGGCAAUCGCUCAAGCUCCUGGGCGAGAUCCUCCUCGACCGCGCAAACUACACCAUCAUGACCCGUUACAUUGCCUCGGAGGCAAACCUCAAGCUCAUGAUGAACUUUUUGCGGGAUCGCAGCAGGAACAUUCAGUUUGAGGCGUUCCAUGUGUUCAAGGUCUUUGUGGCCAACCCCAACAAGCCACCCGAGAUUGCGCGUAUCCUCAAGCGUAACAAGGAACGCCUGCUCAUCUUCCUCAAGGACUUUCACAACGACAAGGACGACGAGCAGUUUAAUGACGAAAAGUCGUUCUUGUGCGCACAGAUCGAGCGUCUGUAA